AUGGCCACUCAAAAUCGUGUGUUGGAGGGCAAAUUCGGCAUCGUCACGGGUGGAUCGCGGGGAAUCGGCGAGGCCAUUGCUCACAAUCUCGCUGAAAAGGGAUGUCACCUUCUGCUGAACUUCACAUCCGAGUCCUCGCGCGCGCAUACGGAAGAGCUCUGCGCCUCGCUGGCCUCUACGCAUGGCAUCCGUUGUGAUCACAUCCAAGCCGACCUGAGCAAGCCUGAGGAGGCUACCAAUGUCAUCCUCGAUGCGGCCAAGAAGAGCUUUAGCUCGUCGGGCAAGUUCCAAAUCGAUAUCCUCAUUAAUUGCGCCGGUGUCGCAGGCGAUUGCAACCUGAACGACCCCGUUCGCGGCCCUAUCGGCGCAGAGCAGUUCAACUGGAUCUAUACGAUCAACGUGCUCGCCCCACUGCUCCUCACACAAGCCGUUGCCCCCUUCCUGCCCACCGAUCGCAGCGGCCGCAUUAUCAAUAUCUCCAGUGUCUCUUCUCAAAUGGGUUUCGUGGGACAGUCGAUCUAUGGUGGUACCAAGGCUGCGCUCGAAUCAAUGACUCGAACCUGGGCACGCGAGCUGGCGGAUCGUGCUACCGUCAAUGCAGUCAACCCGGGCCCCGUUGUUGGUGAUAUGUACUUCGCAGCAGGCGAGGACUUCUGGCGGGACAUUCAAGGAUUCCAGGAUAACACUCCCGGCAGCAAGUUGGAUUUGACGGAUCCGGAGACGAUGGCUCGCUUGACCGAUGAGCAGAAGCGUUUGAUCGAUGAGAAGAUGGGUGGCCGGAGACCUGCAUUCACCAGCGAGGUUGCUGGUGUCGUGGGCAUGCUGACCACCCCUGAUGGCCAGUGGUGCACAGGAAGCUUGGUUUGCGCUAAUGGUGGCAUGAAGAUGACUAUGUGA